AUGUUCCGCAGCAUUUUCGGGAACAGGUCUACGAGCUCGGUCUCGUCCCUGAGCGCCUUGGACGAGACCAAGGCUCUCGAAGAUGCUAUGUAUGCCACGUCGUUCAUGAUGGACGACAAUAUAGAACGCGCCGAGGAAGAGCUCUCCAAAGGAAAUUCCGUUUUCCACAAGCAUGGCAAGGCUGUUGUUGUGUUCCUCCGCGCCGUUCUCGGGUUUGAGCGAGAAAUCAUGAAGGAGGCGCAGGAACGCAUCAGCGAAGCGGAAUCUGCGGCGAGUCAAGCCCAAUCUCACGCCCAGAGGGACCCAACGACGUCUUCGGCUUCUGCGUAUUCUGCUGGGACUGAAUAUGCAUUGAUUCUUGCGGAACUCCGUUUGAUGAGCGCGAUUACUGGCGUGUUAACUGAAAGUGUGACGGAAGCUAUCAAGAGCUUUUAUAAGCUUAGACAAUCAUAUCUCAUACUUGAUGCCAUCCAACAGGAAGAAAAGCGAUACUUUGAAAAGACAGGUUUUUCUCCUCCCACAAUCGAUACAAUAAGCGAUACGGUGUCUAGCAGUGCUUCAACGUCCAGUCAGGAUCUCGAGAAAGAGAAACAGGCUUCUUCUGAAGUUUCUUCGGACCCAGAUCGCGAAGAUUCCGAUGUUGAUUUUGUCGAUGCAACGGAAGUCUGCGAGGAACCCGCGACGCAGAAGUAUCUUGGAAGACUGUCAACGGAUGAAGGCAUUGAGAAUGAACUUGACAGGGUAACGAUCAAAGACUCGCCUGGUGCAGCCCUUGCGGAACUGCGGCGCCGCUCAUCUACUUUUCAAGAUGGUCCUGGAUUGGAUGCAUUUGGGGACAACAUCGUUGAUUGUUUCAUUCAUUCCGGCUCGAAUAUGUGCUUUGGUAUGAUUCAGAUUCUGUUAUCUAUGCUGCCACCAGCGUUCAGUACUCUAGUCAAGAUUGCUGGCUUCAAGGGUGACCGUGUACGAGGCUUGGCUCUUCUGUGGCAAGCCAGCAAGUUCAAGAAUAUCAAUGGUGCUUUUGCGGGUCUGGUCCUUUUAGGAUACUACAAUGGCUUUGUGGGGUUCUGUGAUAUCCUGCCCACGCGUGGGCGGGGAGCUUAUCCCAAAACUCGGUGUGCAACCCUGCUGCAGAGCUUCCGCACCCAAUAUCCGAACAGCAGAUUAUGGAUUCUUGAGGAGUCUCGAAUGUUAUCGAGCAACAAGGAGCUUGAAAAAGCGAUUCAACUACUUGAAGAGACCCCAGAUGCAAAUCUGAAGCAAGUACGUGCUUUGCAGACGUUUGAGAAGAGCUUGAGUUUUAUGUCUUCGCACCAAUAUGAACCAUGUUCAGAAGGUUUUCAGAAGUGCGUAAAGUUGAACAACUGGUCUCACGGUCUUUAUUAUUUCGUUGCCGGUGCUGCUUACGUUGAACAAUACCGGGAAAUGAAAGACGUAGACGUCGAGAAGGCGAGCACUGCCAAAGAAAAGGCAGAAGAGCUAUUGAGAAAAGUUCCCGAGCAUAUUGGCAAACGAAAGAUGAUGGGUCGUCAACUACCUUUUGAUGCGUUCGUGAGUCGUAAGCUGCAAAAAUGGGAACAGCGAGCGACCGAUUGGCACUGUGACCUUGUUGAUGCAGUCGGAGUGUCACCAUUAGAAGAGAUGAUAUAUUUCUGGAACGGCUAUAAACGUAUGUCUCCCAAGCAUCUUGAAGUAUCGAUGAGAAGGUUAGAUUGGUCGACGAGCGAAGCAAACCCAUUUUCAGUACAAGAAACACUAGACGAACAUUCGAUCCGUCAUUUGCUGAGAGCGACUGUGUUGCGAAACAUGGAAAAGCGGGAACAAGCGCGAGAAGUGCUUAAAGAGGUUAUGGGUCAUCCACAUCACGAGUUUAAAGGCGGUCUGAAAGAUAAUUGGACACAGCCGGCGGCACACUAUGAAUUGGCUGUCACCUAUUGGAAAGAGUACUGUGAGAAUGGUAGUACUGAUGCGCUUCAUGAAGCCAAAACAUUGCUUGACAAGGUCGCUGCAUGGGAAUCUUACGAUCUAGAUGCUCGUAUAGGUAUGAGGGUUAAAACAGGCAGUGAAACCAUCAGGAAGGAAAUGGAGGCUAUAUCGACCUCGACAUCCUAG